UGGCAUAUUACAUGGAGGGGAGGGACUCGGCCCAGCUGAUCUACCGCUGGACCAAGCGAGUGGACCCUAACUUAAAGCGAGGCGCCUGGACGCCAAAGGAGGAUGCUUUGCUCCUGAAGGCCGUGGCAAAGUACGGAGAGCGGGACUGGUAUAAAAUCCGGGCAGAGGUGCCUGGCAGAAAUGACCUGCAGUGCCGAGACAGGUACCUGCAUUCCUUGCACUACGACAUAAAGAAGGGGAAAUGGAGCGAAGAGGAGGAAAAGAAACUGAUUGAGCUGACCGAAAAACACGGCAGGGGCCACUGGGCAAAAAUAGCCUCGGAGUUGCCCCACCGUUCCGGGUCUCAAUGCCUAAGCAAGUGGAAAAUCUUGCUGGGGUACCGGAAGUACCGGAGGAAGAAACAAGGAAGCAAAUGUCAUCCAAGGCGCAGGCGUGUCCACCGAUGGAACUCCAGCCCCUCGGACUCCAGCAGUGACUAUGCAGAGCCCGAUUUGGAUGCCGACAGUGCUGAGGAUGAGAGGCCCAAGGCCCAUCGGACCAAAGGGGCAGGCCGCUGGAGAGUUCCCAGCCUGGAUCUCUGGGUCCCUGCCAGGAAAGAGCUGUCUAGCCAACCCGGUUUUGAUGUCAACAGGAAGCGGCUGCUGGGUCCAGAAGAGGGCCAGAGGACAGAAGAUCUCAUUGCCCACAUCCCUGAGACUCCAGCAAUGGCUCAAAUGAAAGGGAACGAGAAUUCUGGGAAUGCGAGGGACACAUGGAGGGUUUCCUUGGCUUAUGUGAAAAGUGUCUUGAGGAGGAACAGCUAUGAGCAGCAAAGGAGAAAUCGUGAAAUAAGAAGAAAGAAACGCUUUGCUUCCAGCUCUUCGGAUGGCCCCAGAGGUUCUCAGUUGGCCUUGUCGGCCGGUAUGACGAAGGAUGGGAUGGGGAAGACGACACUCUACCGGAGACUGAUGGUGGCAGUCACGCCCUGGGCUGGGAACAUGGUGCAGGAGUGGGCCCUCCGGAUGAAGCAGGUGGCUUCCCGCAAGUCAAAAGCGGACAUGAUCUUCAGGCAGCUGCAGACGGCCCACCUCACAAGCACACCGUUGUUCACCUUCCUGAUUCAGCCCUCGUCUUCCCAGGAUGCCAGAGCUCAGCCCGGCCCCCCAGCGGCCAGCAGCCAGAUCAACAAGAAGCUGAUUCCCUUGAAGGCUAAAGAGGGGCCCAUCCCCACCAACACAUGGAAGGCCCGUUCGUCACCUGGCCCGGCCCCCAAGCUGAAAACUGUCUCGGAACUGCUGCGGGAGAAGAGACUGCGCGAGCAGACGGCCAGGAAGGGCACCCAGAAGAGGAUCUUCGUCGCCCCUCAGCUGCUCCUCUCUACCUCUGUCAUGGUCCCACAGACAAGGGGUCCCACUGCCCCGUUGGCCAACUGCACCCCUGCUCCCACGGCCAGCCAGGCGUCACUAAGGCCACCUCCUGCAUCAGCUUCCAUCCCCUUGGGGACAUUGUCUGGAAGGGACUCAGCCCCUCCAACAGACCUGGCGGGGGGCUCUCAGGAGAGGUCCCUUCCCUGCAAUGGGAACAAGGAUGAGGCAGCUAGAGAAGAAGGCAGAGACGGCGGCCAAGAGAGCUUUGCGCAUCAGGGGGCUCCUAAAGUGGCCGGAACGCCUGUGGGGACUUUUGCUAACGUGAACUCCAUCCCGGGAGAUGCUCUUCAUCCCUCUCCGGCCUCUGGUGCUUUACCCCACCUGGUAGCUGCCCACUCACAGCGCAGUGCAGUUGUCCAACCCACCCUGCCCAUCAGUUGGGUGCUGACCCCUCAAGGCCUUCUCCCGGUCACUCUGCUGAGUAUCCCCAGUCAAGGGAAGCCACUGGCCAGUGGCUCUGCUACUCCGUCAAAUCCCAGCCAGCCUGUGGAGACUUCGGCCAAGAUCCCAACCCCAACUACUGGAGUUCCGGUGGUGGAGGGACCUCCCAUUCCUUCUGGCUGCCCACAGAAUGAUGCAGACACUCAGCUGAGGGAUGUUCCACCUCUUCCUCCUGCACCGCUUCUUGGGAACUCCACAGAAUCGGGGUGCCCUCCGUCCCCUGCUGGUUCCGGGGCACCUUCCUUGUCUUGCAGUGUCUUCGGAGGGACUGCCACCCCCACCCCCAAUUCAGAGGCUUUGCCCCCGCCCCAUCCCAAUCAAGGCCCAGCCGCUCUGGAGGUCCCCUCUGACCCAGCCCCACAGGCCUGCCACACGCCAUGCCCACCCCAGGAGGGCGCAGCCUGCCCCCUUUCUCGUCUCCUUUCCCUAGAAGCAGAGCCGGCAGUGAAAGCAUGGGCCAAGGAGAGCCGGGAGGCCAGGGCUCCCUCACUGGGAAGGGGCCUGCCGUAUCUGCCUCCAUUUCUGUGCAGCUUGAAAACCCUCUCGGGGCUGCUGCUAAAUAAAUCUUCCCUGGAGCAGAGCGCUGCCUCUCUUCUGGACCCUGAAGGGCGGCAGGAAGAGGCUGGCCAGCCAGACCUGGAGGCCUUGAGGGACAUGGUGCGCCAGAAGCUCCAGGACAACCCUGCCUAUCAGCUCCUGAGACAACGGUUCAUGGCGGCCUUUAGUUUCCCAGCUGCUCUGGCCGCACUGCCCCCUCCCCGGGUGGCCACGACCCUCUCGGGGGGCAGGUGGUGGGAGAGCAGCCAGGGAGAAGAGUCCAGCUCAUCUUUGGAAGAGGAGGAGGAAGAAGAGGAGGAAGCUGAGAGACAACCCCAAGAAGCAACCAGAGAUGGCCCUCCUGAGAUAAGGGAGGCCAGCGAGGAACUAGAGGAGUCUGGAAUGGAUGUCGACUCAGACCACGGCUGCCCAGGCAAGGUACGAAGAAGCCAGCGUCUCCACAAAAGGGGAGUCCCUCUGUGACGGUGGCAGCCCCUUUGGUUCCAUUACUCUCUUUAUUCCUAAGCCCAAGCGUGUGUUUCUGGGGACCCCGACGAUUGCCCUCUGGACCCCGUUGUUCCCAUGUUCGGUCCGGAGAGGAAACCUCAAAGCCGAGGCAAAAUUCUAUCUCGUCAUCUUUGCCACUGGGUCGAUUUUGACAAUUAGCAGCAUCUCCUGUCUUAGGAUGCGGGGAAAUUGCCUUCCUUCCUUCCUUCCUUCUCAAGCAGUCUUAUCCCGUCUGGCGUAAUCACAAAGGCUGGGAUUGCGACUUCCAGAAGUCCCCAGCUGGCAUGGUCAGCACUGGGAAUUCUGGGACUUUGGAGGAUGGAAACAUGCGGGAAUUGGCAUGAGUCCUGGACGUCCAAUCGGAUUGUGAACAUCGCACCGUCUGACAAACAAAUGCCCUUUUUGCUCUUAUUUGUGGCAGUGGGACUGUCCCGGCAUGCUGGAUCUGUGUGCUAAGCCACGAUAAAGGUUUAUUUUGUUGGGG